CUGUGUGCUCAUCUCUCUAGUGGCUACACCGCUCAGCUGAUUGGAAGCAGCCGAAAUUAGCCGAAAGUUUUUUCAUAGUUGUGAUGGGGCGAAUAAUUUUUGAGCGCGUUGCCGGGCUCGUUGCGAAGCGCAAGUUAUUCGUCGUUCCCACAUUUAACAUAAGUCGGUGCCUUUCAGUGGGCGACACGGCAAGUAUGGAGCGCACUUUCACGCGGGCGGACGUCGAGGAAUUCGCUACUCUCACGGGAGACUGCAACCCCAUCCACCUGGACGUAGCUUACGCGCAGAGCAAAAAUUUGCCGGCAUGCGUCGUUCACGGGGCACUCAUUAACGGUUUGGUGUCAGCCGUUAUUGGGACUAAGCUUCCAGGCCCUGGCUGUGUUGUUGUCCAUCAAGUGCUCGAAUUUCCCAAGCCACUUCUUGUAGGAGAGCCAGUCUGCGCACAUGUAGAGGUGACAUCCAUCCGAAAGUCCAUUGUCCAGUGCACUUAUCAGUGCAAGGCGGGACCUGAAAAAGUGGUCAUGUCUGGUGAAGUGAAGCUCUUCAUCCGGCCUGAAAGUGCAACUUAGUAAGCAAGCAAAUGGGUCGGGAAACUGGACGCGCAACGUCUUGUGCAUGGGUGUGAAGUGCAGCAGGGCAUCAGCCAUAACACCGCACUGGUCGAGCGUGGACUUUGUCCGCGUGAGCCAUAUGUUCUGCUCGGGCCACCAGAGAGCGUGGUCUGACCAGUCCGUUGGCACAUCUGCACAGAGAAGGUACGGGAAGCAGGAGGCAUGACAAUUUAGCGCCGUUGUGGGCUUCACACAUAAGAUAUGGAACUGCGCUGGCAACAAGAAAAAUAAAUAAUUUUGUGGGUAUUGAA